CUGCCUUGGCAGUGCUCAGAGAAGCCUCUGGAGCCGUCAGAGGAGCCAGCAUGGUGAAGUUUGCACCGCUGUUCGUGCCGUGGGAGCGCAGGCUGCAGACCUUCAUGAUCCUGCAGUGGGUCUUCUCUUUCCUGGUCCUGGCCCAGAUCUGCACCGCGGUCUUCAUCGGCCUCCUGUUCACAAGAUUCUGGUUGGUCAGUGUCCUGUACGCGACCUGGUGGUACCUGGACCGAGACAGGCCCCGGCAGGGGGGCAGGCCCCUCAAAGCUGUGAGGCACUGCUUCCUGUGGAAGUACAUGAGGGACUACUUCCCCGUGUCGCUGGUCAAGACUGCUGAGCUGGACCCCUCCCGGAACUACCUUGCCGGCUUCCACCCCCACGGGAUCCUGGUGGCCGGAGCCUUUGUCAACCUGUGCACGGAGAGCACAGGCUUCUCUUCACUCUUCCCGGGCAUCCGCCCCCACCUGAUGAUGCUGACCUUGUGGUUCCGGGCCCCUUUCUUCAGGGAUUACCUCAUGUCGGGGGGGCUGGUCACGUCGGACAAGGAGAGCGCUGCUCACCUUCUGAGCAGGAAGGAAGGGGGCAAUCUUCUGGCCAUCGUUGUAGGGGGUUCCCAGGAGGCACUGAACGCCAGGCCCGGAGCCACCAGGCUGCUGCUGCGGAACCGCAAGGGCUUCGUCAGGCUCGCCCUGAUGCACGGGGCAGCUUUGGUGCCAAUCUUCUCCUUCGGGGAGAAUGAGCUCUUUGACCAGGUUGAGAACAGUCCCGGCUCCUGGUUGCGCCGCAUCCAGAACCGGCUGCAGAAGGUCAUGGGUAUCUCCCUUCCGCUCUUCCAUGGCCGCGGCGUCUUCCAGUACAGCUUCGGUCUCCUACCCUACCGCCAGCCCAUCACCACUGUGGUGGGAAAGCCCAUUGAAGUGCAGAAGACACCGGACCCCUCGCAGGAGGAGGUGGACAAGCUGCACCAGCGCUAUAUCAAGGAGCUGUGCGACCUCUUCGAAGCCCACAAGCUCAAGUACAACGUCCCCGCGGACCAACACCUGGAGUUCUGCUGAGUGCUUCCCAGGAGGCAGGGUUGGCCUUAGGGAGCCCGGCGGGAGGUGCUGUGAUCUGAGAAGGCUUCCUGGAGGCGUCUGUUGAACGUAUCUUCGCAGCUUUCCUGAACUUUCGCAAAUCCAACCACGCCAGGCCCCAAGUCCCAGCUGGCGAGCGGGAGGGGACACCAGGCUCUGGCGCGGGUGUUUUGCACCACUGCUGCAAAACCCCUGCGAGCCUCCCUGUCCUCAGCCUGCUGCUCUGAGAAUGGGAGAGACGGCCGGGACAGAGGGGUAUCUGAGGUCCCAGUCCCCUGUUGCCAUGUCACUCAAGACACAGAGAAAGAGAGCGGCAACUGUCACCAGGUUUUUCUUCCUCAGCCUUGAGUAACGACACGAAAAAAGCUGCCUGCUCCAGCCCGUCUCCUAUAAGCUCCCUCACCCUGCACCCUGCAUGUCCACGCUCCCCCUCCCCGCACCAGAGAGGAGGCGGUGGCCUUGGAGCCUCUGCGCUCACGCUGAGCACUGAGCACCGAGCACCGAGCACCGUAGGUUUCUGGGUCCUCUGAGCUGUAGCCUGGCAGCCACAGGGGCCCAAAAGGUGGAAAAGGAGAACUGUGCUCUGUCACUGGCUGUAUGGUGGUGGACAGACCUCUUCGCCCUCCUUCUGAGCCUCAGUUUCCCUGACCGACUAAGAUGAACCCUGAGUCUCAGCUCUGACAUUACAGAGGCAGAGAGCUCUGUGAGGCCUCUCUUACUCAUCCAUUGUAAUUUCAGCCCCUGACCUUGGCACAGAAGGAGGGGGGUGUCUCUAUAAACAUCAGUUCAACAAAUGAAAGGAUUCUAUUUUAGCUUUCUUCUGUUCCUCCCCAUCCCCCAACAAGGAGGGCUCAUCAAAGCCUCUCUUUGGACCCCCAGCCUGGCCUGUGGCCCUGCAGCCAUACUUCAUCUCCCAGAAGGUGGAUUAGAUAGGGCCAGAGAAUGCCAUGUUGACUCAUUCUUCCCAAUCCAUUGGCCCCAAGCUUACUACCCCGGUCCUGUUCUGCUGGCUAAGAAAGUUGAGAGACUAUGUUAGGACACAGGGCAGACGAGCACAGAGAAUGAAGGCCAGGCUUGAAGAGUGCGUGUUUGUGUGUGCCUGCAGGGUGGGUGAGAUGGGGACAGAUGCCCCGAUGAGAAGAUUCGGGAUUCCUAGGUUUGGGACAUAUGUUAGUAGUGAAGGUCAGAAUGCCCAGUGGGGACCAUACUUGUGACUUUCCCUCACGUUCCAGGAGGGAAGCAGCAUCCUUUCCCUCCAGGAGCAGAUUAUACCCGUAACUGCAACAGGGGGGGACAUCUGAGAGGUUUAAAUUUGGGUUUAAAUCCUGGCCCAUCCCUUUUCAGUGACUCUGGGCAAGACAUGUCAUUUCCUAACCUCAAUUUUGCCAUCUGAGAAAUAAAGACUA